AUGACUGCACGAACUGCGCCAGUUCAGACCUUCCCGGGCAAAGGCCUGGGCAACAUCACACUGGGCGCAUCAUUGCAUAAUGUCCUGACAAGAGUCAAGUCCCACCCACAAACAUAUCCUGCCAUCGAUCUUGCAUACUCCUCCUCCGAUCCACUGCGCAAACCUGUGGUGCUACAUCUACCCUCAAACGGCUUGCGCCUCCGGUUCGAUGGUCCAGACCAGCGACUCCGUCUGAUCGAGGUGUUGGACUUUUCCAAGGUGGAUCUGGUAUACAAGAACCAAGACGUUCUCAAGAGUGGCAAGUCCGCCGAGCCGACCACAUCUCCCCAAGGGCCCAGCUUCCGACAUGUCUACAACCGUUUAUUCGGCCCAUCCUACCCGGGUGAAUAUGUUCCGCCGGCUGACCAGUCACCAUUCGGCACCUAUGUGCUGUCAUAUCCGGGAAUAGCAUUUUCCUUCCCUCUCCAACACUCCGCGUGGUCCGAGCAUUGCGACUUUGUAGCACUACUUUCAUCCUCAGCCGCCUUAUCAGCGACCUCCAUGGCCAUUUUCCAAGGGUCCUCAUGGCCGGAGACCCGAGCAAAGCUCUUUACUCAGCAACCUCAAUAUCCGCGCUCGUCAGCCGUGGUAAGCAAAGCUCGCGACUCAUUUGCCGACGAGAUCGAGGAAUUCCACAUCCUCGGGGCCGGGAAACUAGAAGUAACCCGACGGACGAGUGCGCCGUUACAGAUUAACUUGGGAGAGACCACGCCACAGGACUUGAUUGCAGAAUUUGGCCCACCAGAUGCCAUUUAUCGUAAAAAUGACCGGCGCAUUUCCAUCCACCGUGCAGCGGGCGGCGACCCACUGCACCUGAGCCCAUCGCCCGGCCGAGGCAUGGACAUCCCAGAUACUGAUCACUCCUCCAACAACAGCGUGACUGAUGAUUCAGACGAAGAAAUAUCUCCCUCUAGCGUCAGCGACCCAGCUUCAUUGCCCUCAGAAUGCUUCUUCAACUACUUCCACCACGGCUUUGACGCAUUCAUCUCACAUCCCACCACCCCGGGCCCGGCAUUCCCAACCUCUGGACUAGCGGACCCAUCACCUCAGCCGUCAACAUCGCAACUGACCGUAACCAAGAUCAUCCUGCACGGCAAUGUGCCGGGGUCUUACCCCUUCAAUCGUCACCGCCGAAGCCGCUGGGCUAUCCACCUUGACCAGUCCGGCAACGGUCUGACUUCCGAGUCACCAUACGACGAGAUAUCUUCCCAACUACGCGGGGUGUGGAAAGGCGCCUAUGGCAAUGCAGACGAAGAGCGGGCUAUGCAGCGCCCAAUGGUACUCAACCGCGGUUGGGGCGAUAGCCCCGAGAAUAGUGUCGAGUUUCUCGGCGGCUGGGAAGAAACCACGUCCAAAGGUCCGCGUGCUGGUGGUGACAGUCAUGAUGGCGGGUUGGGGAAUACCGAGCUUUUUGGGUUCCCGGGCCUGCUGUUUGAGGUGCUGAAGAAUGGUGCCGUGAGCUGUCUGACGGUCUAUUGA